AUGAAUCGCGAGAGGUAUUUCGUGGGGCUGAUCAAAGCGUGUGGAGCUUCCAGGGACUUAGCCGCGGGGAGAAGCCUCCACGGCCAUGUCAUAGAGGCCGGGUACGGCAACCGCCCAUACCUGGCCAAUACUCUCAUCGUCAUGUACGGGAGGUGUGGCAGCGCCAAAGAGGCCCAAAGGGUGUUCGAUGGCAUCGAAUCGCCGGAUCCCUGGACAUGGAAUCUACUCUUCUCGGCAUAUGCCCAGAAUGGGCAUCUUGGCAAGGCGCAAGAGCUCUUCAGGGAUAUACCAUUCCGCGACGUUGUGACGUGGAACGUCUACGUCACCGCGCUGGCGCAAAACGAGAAUCUUCUCGAGGCCAGGCAGAUGCCCGAGCGCUCGGUCGUUUCUUGGACCGCGCUAGUCAACGUGUUCGGACAACGGGGCUUGUUAGACCAGUCUAAGUGGAUUUACUCGCUAAUGCCCACCCACGAUAUUGUGUCCGGGAAUUCCCUUCUUGCGGCAUUUGCCGAGAGUAAAGAAGUGGCACAAACAAAGAAUCUCUUUGAUUGUUUGCCCGAGAGAUCGUCCUCUACGUUUAAUCCAAUGCUCAAGCUUUACAAAGACACUGGCGAUUUUGCCAGUGCCAAAGAAGUCUUUGCGCGAAUGCCCAAUUGGAACCAAAUCGCGCUGAGCACAAUGAUCCAAGCAUAUGCCCAAGAAGGGCAUCUUGCAGAGGCAGAGGAAUUAUUCCAGAAAAUGCCCGAUCCAGACGUGGUCGCGUGGACCGGGAUGGUAACUCUCUACGCGAGAUUAGGGCUCGUUGACCGGGCAAAGACCACCUUUGACCGGAUGCCCGUGAAGAACACCGUGACGUGGAUGGAGAUGGCACGUGUCCUCUCGGAAGCCGGCCACGUGGACGAGGCCAAGGCUGUAUUUGACUCGAUGCCUCGACGGGGUAUAAUGUCGUGGACGUGCAUUGUAAACAUGUAUUGUACGAAUGGUGAAGUGGAGCUGGGGAAGGCAGUGUUUGACAAGAUGCCGCAGCUAGAUUCGUACGUCGUGAUCGUAUUAAUGGCCGCGUACGCACAGACGGGGAGAAUCAACGAAGCCAGGCGCGUGUUCGAUUCCACCCCCCAGCCAGACACGGUGACGUGGAAUAUUCUCAUAUCGGCAUAUGCCCUGUCCCGGCAUUUGCAGGAUGCCAAGAAUUUCUUCGACGUUAUGCCGGAGAGGAGCUCGGUGACGUGGAAUGCCAUGCUGUCAGGGUACGGACAACAUGCCCAGUGGGGACAAUCCGUACAAGUAUUCUCCAGGAUGCCGUACCACGACACACUGUCUCUGAAUGUAAUGCUUGCAGUGAAUGCUCAGCGGGGGCAUUUGGAUCAAACGAAAGAAAUGUUUGAGGUCCUUCCGGAUCAAGAUGUGGUGUCAUGGAACACGGUGAUCAUGGCGUUCUCUCAAGCUGGGCAAUUGAACGAAGCCCUCCUUUUCUUCCAGGAGAUGUGUCUCAACGGUGUGACACCCGAUCAAGUGACGUUCACAAACGUUUUAGCUGUUUGUAGCCACAUUGGUGUCACCGAGAAGGCCUGUGGUUACUUUACCUCGAUGGUUGGCGACCAUGGUAUCGCUCCAGCGAGAGAACACUAUGGAGCGAUCAUAGACAAUCUCGCGAGAUCUGGAGAGCUGGAAGAAGCUGAGGAGCUUGUGACGAACAUGCCUUACAAGCCCGGCGAGAUGGAGUGGUCGGUUCUUCUCUCGGCUUGUAGCUCGUACAAAGAUCUCGAGCGAGGUAAGCGAGUAGCACAAGUUCUCGAGGAGAUCAUGCCGGAUGAAGCAGCAAACUAUGUGUCACUCUUCAAGGUUGUCGCUGAUUCGAAUACACCAGUCUAG